AUGACGCACUUGCUCUAGAACUCAGAUCUCGCACUGAGAGCUGUGCUUCUUCACACGGAAGCCUUGAAGUCACGACAGUUGUUUGCUGAAAUGGCCGUCUGCUUCAUUCGUCUCGCGGAUAUCGAUAGCUUUUUAACUGGGGGUUUGUUACUAGAACAAGCUGCUUACUGCAGCCUCCGUGGAAAACGUCCCCUUCUGCGACAUUUUGCAAUGCGUCUAGCCCUUGCUGGUGUUCGAUUUGCUCGAGCUAAACAGGUAAGCAUAUUCUAUCUCUUAAAUAAAUUUCAAUUCAACCGAGGGUACGUUUUUUGUAUCCACCCUAUGUAG